UUUACAGAGCAGGACAAGAAGCUGAUGGAGGCCACAUCAGAGUUCCAUCACCAGAAAGCCAACCUGGAAAAUGACAACAUGGAGAUCAACAAGAAGAUCGACCUGCAGGUGGCCUCACUGAAGACCCUGCUGGAGUCCCUGAAGCUGGAGACGGUCCGGUACCUGGCAGCGACGGUCUUCUCCUGCCUGGCCAUCGCUCUGGGGGUCUACAGACUGUGGAGGUGACGGGUCCACAUCAGAACUGGGUCCAGUCGUCAGCUCAGUUCUGCUGGAUGGACUCAACAUCCUCAAACACAUGAAACUGUUUGAGGAUCAGAACUUCUGCAGGUUUUGACUCCAAACCUUUACUCUGAAGGACUUCCUGUUUGUUCUUUUCAAAUUAAAACAUGUUUUUUAAAAUAAACCUUUAUUCUGAAGGA